AUGCUGGACGAUGAGAUCACGUCCAGUGAGGACGAGGCGGAGGAAGACUGCCGCGCAGGGGGCCGCAAGCCGCGCAAGAUUGCAGAAGAGGCCAUUUUGUGGAGAAGUUUUUGGAGACCGAGUGGAGUGGAAGAGUGGUUGGAGGAGAACAUGCAGGGAGACAAAAGUCCGGCCACGGAGAAGGCCUAUGGUGGUGUGUGGGCGAAGUGGCGAGCAUGGGCGAGGAGACAGCGAUGGUUGUCAGAGUAUUUGGACAGGUCGGAAAGCACGGUCGAGCGGGAGAACAAGCUGUUAGGUUUUGUGGGCUACUUGGGCUGGCUGGGAGCGUCGGUGAACACCAUCAGGCAGAACAUCUACGCCAUCAAGAUGGCCCACAAGCGUGUGGGGGCCGGGGAUGUCCUGGAUGGCAUGCACCGGGUGUGGAUCUUGCUGGGGGGAGAGCACAUGCACCUCCACUCCUUUGUCAAGGAGCUUCUGCAGGGCCAUGAGGACGAGGCGGAGGAAGACUGCCGCGCAGGGGGCCGCAAGCCGCGCAAGAUUGCAGAAGAGGCCAUUUUGUGGAGAAGUUUUUGGAGACCGAGUGGAGUGGAAGAGUGGUUGGAGGAGAACAUGCAGGGAGACAAAAGUCCGGCCACGGAGAAGGCCUAUGGUGGUGUGUGGGCGAAGUGGCGAGCAUGGGCGAGGAGACAGCGAUGGUUGUCAGAGUAUUUGGACAGGUCGGAAAGCACGGUCGAGCGGGAGAACAAGCUGUUAGGUUUUGUGGGCUACUUGGGCUGGCUGGGAGCGUCGGUGAACACCAUCAGGCAGAACAUCUACGCCAUCAAGAUGGCCCACAAGCGUGUGGGGGCCGGGGAUGUCCUGGAUGGCAUGCACCGGGUGUGGAUCUUGCUGGGGGGCCUGGAUCGACGUUCUACGACCCGGCGUCCUCCGCGGUGCGCUGCCUUGGCUCCCUUGGGCAGGAAUGUCCUCUUGGGUGUCCUCUGCCUUCUGGUACUGCUACUGCAAAAGCUCAUUGGCAGCCAAGGGCUUGGAAUUCUGGAAGCAUGGUACUUUGAAGGAAGCAUGGGUGAUGGCAAUGGCGAGGAGAAGGAGGUGUUUGAUGGUACGGUCGUGUUUGAUGGUACGGACUGCGGGAAAUCUACCAGAAAGAUGGCGGGAAGGUCUGGUGCGAGUAGGAACCGCGCCCAUCAACACGGUGCUACGCCAAAGAUCCUGGGAAGACCUCGUGUGGCGGAAACCCAUGAGGAGCAUGCGGCCGGAGUCGAACCAGUCUACGUUUUCGAUCGGAAGAGGCCCCCAGGUCAUUUGUGCCAGCUCACGUCGGAGGAGAUCUGGAAGCUACAGGGCCGGUCGGUGGUCGACCUGAACAAGGGCACGCUGAUGGAGCAGAUGGUGUGUGAAGGAUGCCGAGCGACAGGUGCUCAGUCGGCGUCGGCGGCAAGUCUUCUCCUAUGGGCAGGUGAUGUGAUGGAGAUGAUCAUGGAGGAGAGGGCCACCAAGGCCGGAAUGUGUGCCGAGGUUGAAGGAGACUACGGGCGGAGAGCAGGAGGAGAGGACGAGGUGGAGCAGGUCUUUUGGGCCAACCGAUGGACAGAGGCUUGGUGGAUAUCAAUGCUGGACGAUGAGAUCACGUCCAGUGAGGACGAGGCGGAUGAAGACUGCCGGGCAGGGGGCCGCAAGCCGCGCAAGAUUGCAGAAGAGGUCGCUGGGCCCGCCAUUCGUUCCUUACGCAGGUUGGAGGAGAACAUGCAGGGAGACAAAAGUCCGGCCACGGAGAAGGCCUAUGGUGGUGUGUGGGCGAAGUGGCGAGCAUGGGCGAGGAGACAGCGAUGGUUGUCAGAGUAUUUGGACAGGUCGGAAAGCACGGUCGAGCGGGAGAACAAGCUGUUAGGUUUUGUGGGCUACUUGGGCUGGCUGGGAGCGUCGGUGAACACCAUCAGGCAGAACAUCUACGCCAUCAAGAUGGCCCACAAGCGUGUGGGGGCCGGGGAUGUCCUGGAUGGCAUGCACCGGGAGUUGAUUGGGCCGGAGGAGCCAAAGGGAUGUUCGCCAGCUGCGGCCGAUGCUUCGAUGGCUUUCGCAGCCUUGUCAACGGCGUGGUUCUUCAUGCUGAGAUGCAAGGAGUUCGCAGAAUCAAACGGGGUCGACAAGGAUAUGAUCCUACGUGGCUGCGAUGUACGCCUUGCAACUGAUGGACUCACGGCCGAGGAGGACCCUGAGGAGGUGACAAUUCAGUUCAAGAAGACCAAGGGGGCUUUGGUGAGGGAAAAACCGUGA